GGAACAUGGUAGGUUAUCUCGAUUCCAGGAGCAUUUCAUUUUCGUUAUCGAUUCCUUAAUUCGUCAGCUGCAUGCGUCUCUUUCCUGAUUUGAGAACGAUUUUGGGCGAUUCUCUGCAUCGGUUGGCUGGCGAAGGAUCCUUAUCUUCAUUUACUCCAAAAGUUAUUUCAAGACUUUCAAACGGCUGGUCCUGUGAGGGCUGGCUUCCAUUGUUCAAUCACGGCUUUAAGGCAAGAGUUCUGUCUCAAAAUUAGAAGGGGCAAAGAAUAUAUGCAAGCUUUCCCGAAGUUCUUGAUUGCAUCCCCUUCGUUUCACGGUGGUCGUGGGGCCCUUCCCUCAGCUGGUGGGCACCCAGCAGAUCUUACAUUCCUUGCUGGCGGUGGUUACUAAGACAAACAUUCGACCGAGCGGCAUUCCUUGUUACUGGAUUGUCCCGAGAAGUUAAUAUAUUGCAUACAGUUUGUUAGUUUGUGAUUACCAUUAAACAUCACUCUAAUCAUGGUUCAAGUGAAGCAGGUCGAGGAUGAGAAUUUAUGUCCAAAAUUUACAGCAAAUGAUCAUUUAAAAACCCAUAAGUCAUGCAUCAAAGGUAUUAGAAUACCCCUUUAUCAAUUUGGUAGUUAUUCUCCUUUGGAUAAUAUUUCCAUCAAAGGGCCUUCACGUGUUACUCUGGAAGAACAAACCAUAUUGGAGUCUCUACUUCUUGCCGAGUGGGAAGAGAGAUUGUCCGAGGGUCUUUUUAGAUAUGAUGUGACUCUAUCUAAAAUUAAGGUGAUAGUGGGCAGGAGAAAGUUCCUUGCUCAGCUGAAUGAAAGCUGGAUCAGCAGCCCUCUGUCUGAAGAAGACGGGGAUAAAAGAAGAUGCGAUCAAGGAAGUCUAGCUCAAACUAAUUGUUUCAAACGUCAAGAGGAAUUACUCUUUUGCAUUUCAAGUGGUGAAAAUACUGAACCUGAGCUUAUUUCUGCAGCUCUAGUGCCCAACUGUUCCAUCCUGGUUAUUAUUAAUGCAACCCCUGUGGAGUAUGGCCAUGUUUUCUUGUUGCCCUGUGGUGUCAAUGGUCCUCUUCAGUUCCUGGAAGAUAGGUCCUUGGAAAUGCUUUUGAGGAUUGCUAUUGAAAUUAAUAGUUGUGCUCUCUGCUUGUUCUAUGAGUUUUCCACUCCCAGGACUGCUUGUGCAUAUUUUCAGGCACUGUUCUUUUCCAGCCUUUUACCUGUGGAGGCAAUGACUCUGGAUACCUUCUUUAGUGAUAGCUUGAGGGGGAUUUAUGUUUCUACCAUCACAGGCUACCCUGUUAAGACCCUCGUAUUUGAGAGCAACUACAACUUGAAGAAAAUGGGAGAGGUUAUUGCCAAGAUAUGUUCUCAUUUACAGGAGAAAUGCAUUCUGUACAAUCUGCUGAUUCGUGAUUGUGGCAAGAAGAUUUUCUUGUUUCUUCAGCCGCAAGGUUCGGACAAAUCUUCCGUUCUUUCACCUUGGGAGUGUUGGGGUUACUUCUUGUUCACAUCAAGAUCUGAAUUUGAUCAGGCAACUGAAGAAGCCCUGCUCGAUCGGCUUGCUGCUGCUUCCCUUGAUGAUGCAGAGUUUCAAGGCGUGAAGCAAUUCUGCUGUCAUAUUGUAAGUAGAGUUUCUUUCUGAUUCUGCUACUUUAUUAGCAGCUGUGGAAUGCUUGUGAUUGUAAGCAUAUUUCUGUGUGUGUGCACUAUGCACUCAGUUAAACUUGUUUUUCUCUAUAAAACUUACGUGUGAUACAUGUUUAAAUGCUGAACUGGGUUGGUUCUAUAAGUUGCUUUGAAGUAAUAGUAAUGACAAUUAUAGAUUUGUGUACUAAUGAAUGUUUAAAUUAUGAUGUGCAA